CAAUCAAGUACCAAACAUUAUAAUCAUUGGAUGCGAAUUUACAAGGACGACAAAGUAUUAAAUAUUGGUGAUACAAAUCUUCCAUGCCCUUCAAUUAGAGGAAUAAAUGGAGUAAUAACACCUACUCUCUGUUUCGGUCAAAUAUUGAUAUGUUAUUGUGUAGAUAAAACGAUUCACAGCAAGAGCGAUACAAUUAGAGCUUUUAGUUUGUUGUGGUCUCAAACAAGUGAUGACAUGGUAGCAACUGGUGCAAGACUUGUUGCGAAAGAUCGAAUGAUUCAUAUUCAACUUCGAGAAGGUAAACUUUUGCCUUAUGGAAGAAUUGAUAAAGAAACCGAAAGAUGGGUUCCACUUCCGUCAUUUAAAUAUAACAACAGUUUUCCCAUCGAGGCAAUUUAUCCGAAUGGAACGACAUAUUCAUUAGAAGAAGAUAAACAUUUUAUUACACUACAUAGCUAUUAUUCAAAAGACAUAUGUCUACAAAAAUUGACUUUCGAUGAAAAACAUUUACUGACUGGUGUCCGAUUCGACUAUGAGUAUCUUGGAGAAGGAUUGGAAAAACGUUUUAAGCUUGAAGCAAAAUAUGUUGGUUUCGAUUAUCAACUUGGAAAAAUAACUACUGGAACAAAGUAUCACAAACAAUCCUGUAUACAGCUACCUGAAUUGAUUUUAAAUAAUCCUGACGAUCCACUAAAAUUCGAAAAACACGAACAUGAUUCUGUGGAAAAUCAAUUCAUUGCUAUCAGAACAACAGACUUGGUUAAAGAUGCAGGACAAACAACUAUUCCAUAUUUUGAUCUUUUAGAAGUCACUACCAAUCCAAAUAUACCAUUAACUGGAAUUGAAUUAUUUCACAAAGGAAAAUCUGAUGGGACAUCUGGUGGAUAUGUUGCUUUAAAAAUUUAUCCAAUGAAUUUAACUACUUAUAUGGAUGGAUGAAGAAGAUUUUUUGAAAAUCAAAAGGUUGCUUUAUCUUGAAUUUGGAUUCAACGACUUUUUGAAAACAUUCUACGUCAACUUUAUUGAUGAACGUAUUUAAAAAACUUAAA